CGGCCGCCGCGCUCCCUCCCCCGCUCCCCGCCUUCACUGCGCAUCGGAAACAUGGCGGCGGCGAGGGACUGAGCAGCAGCGCCCGGCGGCCGCGCAGGAAUGAUGGGGAACUAGAGCUCAUGACAGUUCAGUGGAGCCGUUGGCACUUUUGAUAUCUUGACAUCUUCAGUUAUCUAAAAUCAAGCCAGUCCCAGGAUAAGGACAGCAGCAGGUGAUAUAAUGCGGAAACCAGGCCCUCAAAAAGCCAUAGACUGGAAAGAUGGUAAAAAGCACAAGUACAGCCGCCCGUCAGAGUCUCCCUCCCAGUACCAAGGUCACUUCACCUGGGAGAAAUACCUGAAAGAGACAUGUGCCAUCCCAGCUCCUGCCCAUUGCUUCAAGCAGUCAUACACGCCACCUGCAAACGAAUUCAAGAUCAGUAUGAAACUAGAAGCCCAGGACCCCAGGAACACCACCUCCACUUGCAUUGCCACGGUGGUGGGUCUGACAGGCGCUCGCCUCCGCCUGCGUCUCGAUGGCAGCGAUAACAAGAAUGACUUCUGGCGGCUGGUGGACUCUGCCGAAAUCCAGCCCAUAGGAAACUGUGAGAAGAAUGGAGGGAUGCUGCAGCCUCCACUGGGCUUCCGGCUGAAUGCCUCCUCUUGGCCCAUGUUCCUUCUGAAGACUCUGAAUGGAGCAGAGAUGGCUCCUGUCCGGAUUUUUCACAAGGAACCACCAUCUCCAUCCCAAAACUUCUUCAAGACAGGUAUGAAGCUGGAGGCAGUGGACAGGAAGAACCCUCACUUCAUCUGCCCGGCCACCAUUGGGGAGGUGAGAGGUUCUGAGGUCCUCAUAACAUUUGAUGGCUGGAGAGGUGCCUUCGAUUACUGGUGCCGAUAUGAUUCCCGGGACAUCUUUCCCGUAGGCUGGUGCUCGCUGACUGGAGAUAAUCUGCAGCCUCCUGGAACAAAAGUUGUGAUUCCAAAGAGCCCUUUACCUGCCUCCGAAGUAAACUCGGAGAAACCUAGCAUGCACAGUAGCACAAAGACUGUUUUGGGGCAUCAACAAGGGCAAAGGCGUCGCAAAACAGGGAAGAAGCGUGGUCGAACGACCAAAGCGCUAAUCCAUCACCCCAUGCCUACACCCUCCAAGUCAGUGGAGCCUUUGAAAUUCCCCAGAAAGAGAGGCCCAAAGCCUGGCAGUAAGAGGAAACCUAGGACAUUGCUGAACCCAGCACCCACCUCUCCAACAACCAGUACCCCAGAACCAGACACAAGCACUGUGCCCCAGGACGCUGCUACAAUCCCCAGCUCUGCCAUGCAGGCUCCCACAGUUUGCAUUUACUUGAACAAGAACGGCAGCACUGGGCCCCACCUAGACAAGAAGAAAGUUCAGCAGCUGCCGGAUCAUUUUGGACCAGCUCGAGCUUCUGUUGUCCUUCAGCAAGCAGUGCAGGCCUGCAUUGAUUGCGCUUAUCAUCAGAAAACUGUCUUCUCCUUCUUAAAACAAGGCCACGGGGGAGAGGUCAUCUCAGCUGUGUUUGAUCGGGAACAGCACACUCUGAACCUGCCAGCAGUAAACAGUAUCACCUACGUCCUCCGCUUCCUGGAGAAGCUCUGCCACAAUCUCCGCAGUGACAACCUCUUUGGGAACCAGCCUUUCACUCAGAACAGCCACAUGCAGCGCUCACACGAGUACGACCACGACAGGUAUCUACCAGACAGAAGCAGUUCGUUAGACGGCACUCUGCAGGGACCAGGCCGGGGUACAAAGCGAUAUUCCCAAGAUUCCCCUCCAUACAGUGCUCCUCUCUCCCCCAAGUUACCAAAGAAUGACCGUCACCCUUUGGAAGGUGAAACCUUUGUUCUGGGAGAUGGCCUCCCAGGGCCCUUGGAGCCUCGCCUGGACCCCAUGGACUCUGCCUUGAACUCUGUCAAUUCAUCCAGCCACAGCAGGAGCUCCAGAGACUAUCGCCUGCAAGGAUACAGGCACCUGCACCAACCCUCUAGCCUCACUCAGGGCAGUACCUCUGCCUUGCGUAGGCUUAGCUCUGGGGGUUCAGACAGAUACCUUGGAUCUCGGGAUGUCUCGCGGCUGAACAGCCGAGACCCCUCGUCCUGGACAGUGGAGGAGGUGAUGCAGUUCAUUCGAGAAGCAGAUCCACAGCUGGGACCCCACGCUGACCUCUUUCGAAAACAUGAGAUCGACGGGAAAGCGCUGCUCUUGCUGCGGAGCGACAUGAUGAUGAAGUACAUGGGGCUGAAGCUGGGGCCAGCCCUAAAGCUAACCUACCACAUUGACAAGCUAAAGCAAGGCAAGUUCUGAGAGGACGCUUGGCAGGACAGAUCCUGGAAGCUCUGCUCCUGGCCACCCACACCCGCACUCACCUGCAGACAGGUACGCAUGCACACACACCCAUCCACGCUGCCGACGGACGCCUCUCCGACCCCAACCUGCUGCAGGGACCAGCCGUCCGCCCCUGCCCCCGGCAGCCAGGCCCCGCAGGCCUUGGCAAGGAGGCCGGCACGCGGCUGGCCCUGGGCUCCGCACCCAGCACGUCGUGGACGUCCAAGCACCGAGCUGGUGCCACUCUGCAGGCUUCCAGUCCCACCGUUCUGGGACUGAGGAGCUGCUCUGGGCAGGAGCAGUGGCAGAGACCUCAGGACAGGACUUGUGCUGGCUCCUCUCCCUCUCGCUGUGCUGCAGGAGCACCCAGCUGGCCCUGUUCUCCUGGCCUCGCCUGCCCCAGGUGGCCCGUGGUGCCCGGCCCCCUCGGACGCUUUGCGCUUUGCUGUGCCCCCGUGGGCAGCCUGUGAGAGGGACAGCGCCUGCGACCGCACUCGGCCCUCGUAGCAUGGCGGCUGGCUUAGAGCAGCAACCACCCCGCUCCCCGUCUUCCACAAGAGCCCAUCUGCCCCCUCCGGGGCACCCUCACGGCCCAAGCACUGCCUGCCCCUCCCCUCCUGGCUUUCCAUGUGCUGGGGCCGCCAGGCUGGUGAGGAAGGCCUUCGUAUUUAUUUCUGACUGGGGAAGCUGGGGACGCCAUGCGGCCAAGGAGAUGGAGUGAGCCACGGGAGAGCCAAGGAGCGUGUCUGGGUCUAGCGUACCCGUGGCAAGGACACAUCUGGGUCAGCAUUGAAGGCUGGCUGGAUGCUGUAGGACUCAACUGAUCCUUCUCUCCCGCUUUUCUUUCUCUUCUCUUUUUUUUUUUUUUUUUUAAUAAGGAGUUUUCUGUUUAAAAUGUUUUUGUACCUGUUGUUGAACUUGCAGCUCUUGGUUUAGUCAGAGGUGCAAAGGUUCGUCUUCCCAGGGACCCUCCUGGUCCUCUUGUGUCUCGCUCCGUCCCAGCUCGGCAUUGGCAAGAGGCUGUCGGGUCUGGCAAGGCAGAGGAUCCCGGUCUGGUGACCAGCCCUUGCGUUGCUCUUUCUGUGAGGGUUUUGCCCUGCCCAGGGGCACCUGUUUGUUUCAGACAGUCUAAUGUAUUUAUUUUUGAUGGCACUUGAGCAGUAAUCCUCUGUCCCAGAUACGUUACUGCAGCUGCAGAAGUACCCGAGCGGAGGCUGCCCGCUUGUGCCAAAACUGCAUCCCCGGGGAGCCAGGCCCGGGCCGCUGGGUCCCUGCCGCGUCUCCUGCCCUGGGGCAGGGCUGACUGGGGAGCGCUGCCGUGCAGCCGGUGCACAGGCGCUUCCUUCCUGCAAUGACCAAAGGGGGCACGGGGAUCUCCAUUGCAAGCACUUCUGCCAUUAGGUCACCCUCUUUUCAUACAGAGAACGUCUCACAAACCCUUCCCUGCAACCCUCAAGGGCCCUGGGCAGCAGCAGGAAGGGUCCCCGUGGCAAGCCGGUCUCUUCUCCAGUCUCUUGCACUGGGUCAGGUUUACCCCUAAGGGGAAAGUUGCAAAAAAAAAA